AUGCCCCCGCCUCUCGCCCUCCAAACGCAUGAUCACCCGCCGACCUCCUCCCGCGAGGUCGAGAGGCACUUAAGAAGACCUCACCGCCUGGUGACCACAUAUCAGACUGCAUUCCACCAUGUGAAGAAACAUGCUGGCGUAGGCAUCGUUUGUGCAGUCGCCUACUUUGACCCAGGAAAUUGGAGUGUCGAUAUGCAGGCUGGGUCCAGCUUCGGAUACAGACCUAUGCUCUUUGUCAUUCUAAUGGCAGGCCUGGGGGCUGUUGUACUCCAGACCAUGGCCGCAAAAUUGGGCUGUGUUACUGGAGCAGACUUAGCCUCUCACUGCCGGCUACUGCUCUACAACCGCCCCAAGCAUCGCCUUCUGAUCCGCUAUGGCGUAUUAUACCCACUCUAUGUCCUGUGUGAGAUAGCUAUCAUAAGCACAGACCUCGCGGAGCUCCUCGGAUCAGCUAUCGGCCUCGUCCUCCUGUUUCCCAAACUACCGUUGUGGUCAGCGGUCCUGCUCACGGCUACAGACGUCCUUGUAUUUUUAAUCAUUGGCGACCCCACUCGUGGACAUGGGCGCCCCGUCAGGAUGUUUGAAUUCUCGGUCAUCAUCCUCGUUGCUGCAGUUUUCGUGUGCUUCCUGAUUUUGCUCGCCAAAAUCGGCGCUGAUUGGCCACAUGUAUUCCUGGGCUUCGUGCCGUCCAAGAAGCUGUUCGAAAGCAAGCCUAAUGCUAUAUACACAGCGGUGGGAAUCUUGGGCGCAACGGUGAUGCCGCAUGCGAUAUUCUUAGGUUCCUUCCUCGCUACCCAAGACCGGGUUCGUCCGGAUAACAAUAGUCUGGAGUUCAUCCAAGCUCAUCUGGGACACGGCAUCGUCGACAUGGUCAUGAGCUUGUUGGGUGUUGCGGUGCCCAUUAAUUCUGCAAUUCUCGUUAUUGCCGCUACUGUCUUCUUCCAGGACGGAGAUCCCGACGACGCGCCCGCUGGCUUAUUUGAUGCCCACGACCUUAUAAGAGAUCAUAUUGGCAAGGCUGCUGCCUCUAUGUUCGCCCUUGCUCUCCUAUGUGCAGGACAGACUGCUUCCAUCACGGCCACCCUCGCUGGCCAGAUCGUCUCGGAAGGAUUCAUAGAAUGGAGAAUCUCCCCUUUCCUUCGACGACUCAUAACCCGACUCAUCGGCCUCAUACCCUCGAUGGUCGUCGCAAUCGCCGUGGGUCGCGAAGGCAUCGACACCCUCCUCAUCGCCUCGCAGGUCACCCUCUCGAUCGUGCUCCCCUUCGUCGUGCUUCCGCUUGUGUGGCUCACGUCUUCGUCGGCUGUCAUGACCGUCAAUAAGCCGACGCCUUCGCCGACUCAAGAGAAGCAUGUGGACGACAAGCAGGAAAAUAUUGCUAUAUCUGAAAUCAGACAGUCAGUUGACUAUAGCAAUGGAUUGCCGCUGAAGGGUUUAGGCUACGCCAUUUGGCUCGUGAUCGUUGUUGCCAACGCAUACGUCUUGGUAGUGUUGGUCAUGGGGAGUGGCGUAUAG